AUGUUCAAACCAAAAUAUAGUAAUAAAUCAAAAACUAUAUUACCACUACCUGCUACUUUUAAUAGAAUAAGUCAUCGUAGGAAAUUAGCAAUUAUAAUUAUAUUUAUAAUAGUGAUUUGGUUUAUUAAUCCAUUGAGUUUGUUUAAUUUUAAAUCAAAUACAUUAAAAUUAUAUCCCAAGGCACAUCCAUUAACAUCAAAUGAAAUUAUAGAAUUAUCUUCUCAAUACUUGUAUCCACCAAUUGAAGAUGCUCCAUUAUUAAAACAACUAACUCCUACAAAAUUAAUUAAAUUUGUCAAGGGUAAAGAUUCAAAUAAUCCAGAUCAAGAUAGAACGAAAUUAAUUUCAUUAAAUGCAUUUGAUGAUCCAGAUCCAAUUAAACAAAAAGCAAAAGAAGAAGAAGAAAAUAAAUUAUCAGAUUUAGAUAAAGCUAAAAAUCAUUUUAAAAAUCAAGAUAAAGUAAGAUUUAAACCAAAAUCAGGUCAAGUAUAUCCUGAAGUUAUAAUUGUAACAACUGUUGAUUUCGAUAAAUAUUCACUUGAUUCAUUAACUAAAAUUGUUCAAAAUAGAGUUGAUUAUGCUUAUAGACAAAAUUAUGGUAUUUAUGUUCGAUGGUAUCAAGAAUUUUUACCAAUGUUGAAUAAUAUUGAAGAUUUAAAAGAUGUUGAAAAAAUUAAAUGGAUUAGAUUAUAUUGUAUAAGAGCAGCUAUGUUUGCAUUUCCAAAAGCUAAAUGGAUUUGGUUUCUAGAUCAAGAUGGAUUUAUAAUGGAUUUGAAUAAGAAUUUGGAACAAUAUUUAUUAAAUGCAAAUACUUUAGAUUCAAUAAUGUUACGAGAACAACCUUUGAUUCCACCACAUGGAUUAAUAAAGACUUAUAAAAAUGUUAAAUCAGAAGCUAUAAAAUUAAUAUUAACUCAAUCUGAACAAAAACUAGAGACAAAUUCAUUUUUAAUUAAAAAUGAUCAAGUAGGUAAAUCAAUUAUAGAAAUUUGGUCUGAUAGUUUAUAUUUUAAUUAUGGAAGUUUCCCAUAUGGACCAGAUAGUGCAUUAACCCAUAUUUUACAAUGGCAUCCAUUUAUAUUAAGUAAAACUACAAUUGUACCUGCAAAACAAAUAAAUACAAGUCAUAAAUCAAAAUAUGAAGAAGGGGAUUUUAUGGUACAAUGGAGUGAUUGUAAUGGUAUUGAAUGUGAAAAAAUUGUAAGCAUUUAUCAAGAUAAUUUGGACAAAUUAAAAGAUAAAUAA